AUGGAUCGUGUAGUUGACUAUACGAAGGGAUCUGAGAUGAGUACAGUAACCCUCAUACGUACUGAGAGGACGUGUGUGCCCAACACGAUAUUGCAAGAGCUAUGUCGGACUGCAUUGGAGGCAGCAGAGAUGGCUGACGGAAGUGGACAUCCCUGGCCGUAUGUGCCCAGGCAACAACAACAACAAGAGUCUGGCCAUCGUCAGCAACAGGAACAGUACGAUGUUCAUGGAGGGCCUCCACAUGAUGACACUCGGGCUCGCUCGGAUGAGGGGGUGCUGGAGCAACAAGGCAUGGAGCACUGCGCUGAUGAGAGAGGGACUUGCAGUGAAGGGGGCGCCUCAGGUGGAGGCACCCCAUCAGAGACGGCAGAGGAUCCAACAGCAGCGACAGGCAUCAUACCAACGAAGGGUCGUAGUGUGAAGAUCCUCAGGAGAGGCCCCGGGUCGAAGGGCAAGAAUAUGAGGGGGGCUACUAGGGGGGCUGAGGACGACGAGUUUUCGAGUGAUGAAGGCGGCAAGCAUUCGGAAGCUAACCUCUUACAUAAUCUCCCGGUCGACCAACGGGAGGAGCAUUAUAAUAAGAUACGUGCUAAGAUCUUCCAGGAGGAUGAUGGUACACCAUUAGUGUGUUCUAACGAGGAGCUGGCAGCUAUGGAGGGCGCACGCAAGCACAUACCUAAGGGCACUGACUUGGAUGAUCCAGAGUAG